UCCAAGUUGUUUGAAAGAAAAUCAGAACCAACCUGAGGGGCAAAAGCUGGUGAUUUUCCGUAAUCCGUUGUACAAGAAAACCAUCUCCAGAAACACCAACAAGUACAUUAUGUGUGUAGUUUAGGAACACAGUAGAUUCCCACAUUAGUUAUGGACAGCAAACGAUUGGUUUCAUGGGUGAUAAUGGUGAUGAUGGUUUGUGGUGGGGGGUCGGAUUCCGCACAAGACAAGAAAAAGUGUCAAGACCAAUUAGUGAGUUUAUCAUCAUGUAUCGACUUUGUGAGUGGAGAUGCCAAGGCUCCUACUCCAAGUUGCUGCAGUGAGCUGAGAAAAGAUGUGAUCAAAUCCAAGCUGUGUCUCUGCAUCCUUGUUAAGGACCGGAAUGACCCCCAACUUGGCUUUAAACUAAAUGCAACUCUUGCUCUCACUCUCAUUCCCUUAUGCCAUAUCCCUUCAGAUGCUUCGGUCUGCCCUCAACUGCUAGAGCUAGCUCCCAACUCGCCAGAGGCUCAGAUUUUUGAGCAAUUCAACACCACCUCAUCAGCAGUGGACAGUGACACUAUUCCUAGUUCAAGCACCAAAGGACUCAGACAAGCAGCCAUUCAUGGAGUCGUCUUCACUUGCAUUCUGCUCUCUGUUUUCAUCACCAUCAUUUAGAAAAAAAGACUGAUCAGCAGCUACUGUAUAUCUAUAUC